CCGCGGGCACUUGCCCUCGGAGUCUGCGCGACAGUGCGGGCAGAGCCGUCGGAUUGUUAUUGAACGCUGAGGUGUAAAGCCGUCGGAGGGGGGGAGUGAAAGCGGCUAAAACUCCGAGUUAGUGACUGGGGCUUUAAAAGAAGUAACAACUCCCCGUCUCCAUGGAGUGUUUGGAAGUGGGCGAUUGUUAAUCGGGCCGGAGCCGUGAUGCCCUUUGAUCCAGGCCCUGGUUUAAAUAAACGGCCGGAUAAGGAUUUGAUUUCUUCGCCCUCUCCGUGAAUCAUGAGGCUCUGAGGGAGGCGAGAGGCCCCACCACCCACCAUCCCUCCCUCCUUCCCUACAAAAUGCACAGGAAUAAGAGACCUGCCGAGCCCAAGGGCCGGGGAGCGGCGAAAGCCCGACAGCUUGGGUUGCUAGUAGACUUCUCACCAGACGACAGUAUGAUGAUGGAUAUGAACGGUGACGAGAGCGAUUCUGACUUGGAAGCAGAACUGGCAGAGAUUACGGGAGAAAAACCAGCUAGCAGAGGAAAACCAAAAGGAAAAGUCCCACUCCCAAUGGAAGAUAUUGAAAGAAUGGCUGCUCUGUGCAUGAAGGACCUUGAUGAAGAAGCUGAUGAUGAUGUGGAUGAUGAUGCAGACUUGAUGGCUGAACUGAAUGAGGUGCUUGAGGAUGAUAGACAGAAUAAGAAUGUGCCGUCCCCCGUGGAAAGUAAGCUCACUUCUGACUCUAUUCCACAGUCCAUUCCGACGCCUGCAGUUACUGGUGGACUGGAAGGCACUCUGGUAGAGAGGAUUGACAUGUACAGAUCUGCGAUCGACAAUGCCAAACAGUCUGGGGAGAGUUCCAAGAUUCGGAGAUAUGAACGUGGCCUUAAGACUUUACAGUCCAUGCUUACAUCGGUGAAGAAGGGAAAGCAGAUUAAUGAAGAGGACAUUCCACCCCCCGUGGCUUCUGGGAAAAGUAGUAAUGCCACAAAAACCCAGCUUGUCCCCGGGACAUCAGCACCGCUAACAGAAGACCGAUCUGUCUUGAUUGACUUGACUGUGCCCAGCGUACAUCCAGUGCCAGCAGCACGGCCUGCACCCCCUCCUUUACUACCCAAACCAAAGAUGUCCGUAUCUGAGGUUGCACCACCUCCUUCAGUCAAAAGACCAAACAUGCAUGCGGAAGUGCCAGUGCCUGCCAAAAUGGAGGCAGCUGCCCCAGUGUCAGAUAACAGAGCAGUAUCGUUGAAUUCCAGUAUGAAAGAAACAGCAAUGAGCAGACAACGAGAGUACAAAUUGGCAGCACUUCAAGCCAAACGCAGUGGAGACACUGAGCUUGCAACAAAGUUAUACCGAAUAAGUAAGAAAUUUGACCCUAUUCUUGAAGCACUGGAUAGAGGAGAGACUGUGGAAUUGAGUGGCCUACCACCCCCUUUUGAUCGUCUACCAAAGGACCAAGUGUCAAUCCCUCCUCCUCCGUCAUCUGCUCCCUCAGUCCCAACGACGGCUUCUUCACAGCCAUUGACUUCUUCAUCAGCUAUUCCACCUCCCCCUAAAGAUCUCCUGGAGGCCCUUCAACAGAGAAUGGACAAGUACAAGUCUGCUGCUGCACAGGCCAAGAAUACACAGAAUGACCGGAAAGCAAGGAUGCAUGAACGCAUAGUCAAGCAAUACCAGGACGCCAUACGAGCAUAUAAAGGAGGAAAGAAUGUUAACCUGAGUGAACUCCCCGUGCCACCAGUGAAUUGUUUUCAUUCGUCAAUCCAUGCCCCAUCCCCACAAGGUUUCCCACCACUUCAGGGAGCAGAGAGCGGUGCACAGGAUCAAAGUAUUGUGGGAGUGCUGGAGAGUGCAAUGAAGUUAGCCAAUCAGCAAGUGAACGAUGAUGAUAAUGAGGAUGAUGAGCCAUUACAGCAGGCACCUGCUCAGAGAGCUGCACCACAAGCGCGGCCCAGGACUUCAGCCUCAGGAGCUCCACCAGCAGUCCCCACUAACACUGGGAAUCCAGCAAAAAAACAGAUGUCCAGCAAAGCUCAACAGCAGUUGGAAUUCUUGCAGAACAGGAAGAAACAAUUCAUGCAGGCAGCACUCCGUACAAAGCAGAAGAAUGAUAUUGAAGGAGCAAAACUAUAUCUUCGGCAGGCAAAAGGCUUGGACCCCAUGAUUGAGGCAGCCAAGGGUGGGCUACCUGUAGAUAUUACCAAGGUGCCUGCGCCCCCGGAAAAUGAGGAGGACUUUGUGCUAGUGCAGAAUCGAGGAGUACACGUACCCCAGAAAACUGCACAGCAAUACCAUCAGCUAAUGGAGGUGUUGAAACAGCAAUAUGAGACAUGUAUGGAGUACUCCAAGCAAUACACACAUCUUGGAAGCGUGUCAGAGACCACCAAAUUUGAGAAAAUGGCGGAGGAUUGCAAAAAGAACAUCGAGAUUCUGAAGCAGGCACAUGCCCAAGGCUGUCCUCUACCUAAGUAUCAUUAUGAGGAGAGAACCUUUCAAGUAGUACAGAUUUUUCCCCAUCUCUCAAACAGUGACAUGGUCCUUCACAUUGUCAAAGGAAUCAACCUGCCUGCUCCUUCAGGUAUUGCACCGAAUGAUCUUGAUGCCUUUGUCAAGUUUGAAUUUGCCUUCCCAAACUCGGAAGAGGCACAGAAAGAUAAAACCAAUGUGAUUAAAAACACGAAUUGUCCAGAAUUUAAAGAGCACUUUAAGCUGAACAUCAACCGAGGACAUCGCGCAUUCAAACGAGUGGUACAGACCAAAGGAAUUAAGUUUGAAAUACUCCAUAAAGGAGGUAUUUUCAAGAAUGACAAAGUUGUGGGAACAGCUCAGCUUAAACUGGAAAAAUUGGAGUCACAGUGUGAGAUUCGAGAAAUCCUGGAGGUGUUGGAUGGCAGGAAGACGACAGGAGGUCGGCUGGAGGUGAUUGUCAAAAUCCGAGAACCCCUGAGCUCCCAGCAACUCGUGAAAGUGACUGAGAAGUGGCUCGUUAUUGAUCCCCAGAGCUUGCCAGUGAUUGCAGUUCCAAAGUCAAAGGAACAACGAGAACCUCUGCAGGUGGGGUCUGGGAGGUAGGUUCAGAUCCAAGUUG